AUGUGGUUCCUCAUUCUGUGCUUUGCCCUGUCCCUGGGGGGGACUGGUGCUGAAUAUUCCACCCAGUCUCGGGUCGUCGGAGGUGAGGAGUGUCCGAGGAACUCCCAACCCUGGGCAGCAGCUCUGUACUACUUCAACGAUAUCAAGUGUGGGGGCAUCCUGGUGCAUCCUCAGUGGGUGCUUACAGCUGCCCACUGCAUACAUCAAAUCCAUCAGAUCUGGCUAGGUCACCACAACCCCUUUGAGGAUGAACCAACAAGCCAGUUCUUCCAGGUCAGAGACAGUUUCCCACACCCAGGCUUCAACAUGAGCCUCCUGAAUAACAACACCCGCCACCCAAGAGAGGACUACACCCAUGACCUGAUGCUGCUCCAUCUGAAGCAUCCCGCUCAGAUCACGGAUGCUGUGAAGCCUGUGAUACUUCCCACCGAGGAACUAGCAGAGGGGAACACCUGCAUUUCCUCCAACUGGGGCAGUAUUGAACCAGAAAAAUUGGUGUUCCCAGACACUCUGCAUUGUGUGGAUCUGACUGUCACAUCUAAUGAAGAAUGUGACAAAUCCUACCCCUGGAAGGUGUCAGAGAAAAUGCUGUGUGCUGGGAACUUGGAGGAGGACAGCAAAGAUGCCUGUUUUGGUGACUCAGGGGGCCCACUGGUCUGCGAUGGGAUGCUUCAAGGUAUUAUGUCAUGGAGCCACUUCCCAUGUGGUCAGCCCCACAAGCCUGCUGUCUUCACCAGAGUUGUUAAGUAUUUGCAGUGGACAAAUGACACUAUGCAGGCCCACCCUUGA